CGGCCAGCUGGGAGAUGUGGUGGCGGCCGCGUAGCAGCUGAUUACGACGCGGGAGCUCCGGGACUGCUCCGCGCAGAUUGAAAGCAAAAGCGUCAACCACAUUCUGAGCUUGUGUCUCUCAGUCGAUGAUGAGGGUAUCAGAACCAGUAUUGGACAUGGACAUGGGCAAUUAUAGUGAAGUGUUGGACCCAACUUACACAACUCUGGAGUUUGAAACGAUGCAGAUUCUGUAUAAUUCCAAUGAUAGUUCUGCCCCAGAGACAACAAGUAUGAACACUACAGACAAUGGCGUCAACUGUCUAUGUGCGAUCUGUGGGGACAGAGCAACGGGAAAACACUACGGGGCAUCGAGCUGCGAUGGGUGCAAGGGCUUCUUCAGACGUAGCAUACGCAAGAGUCACGUUUACUCCUGCAGGUUCAGUCGUCAAUGUGUUGUUGACAAGGACAAGAGGAAUCAGUGUAGAUACUGUCGAUUAAGAAAGUGUUUCAGAGCAGGAAUGAAAAAAGAAGCUGUGCAAAAUGAACGUGACAGAAUAAGCACCAGGAGAAGCACAUAUGAUGGGAGCAACAGUCCCUCCAUUAACACCUUGGCACAAGCUGAAAACCGAUCUCGCCAGAUCUCAGCCUCAAGCCCUGGGGCAAGCACUGACAUAAAUGUCAAGAAAAUUGCAAGUGUCGGUGAUGUCUGUGAAUCAAUGAAGCAGCAGCUUUUGGUGUUGGUAGAGUGGGCUAAAUACAUCCCUGCUUUCUGUGAGCUGCCUCUUGAUGACCAGGUGGCCCUGUUGAGAGCGCAUGCAGGGGAGCACUUACUGCUUGGAGCUACAAAGAGAUCCAUGAUGUAUAAAGAUAUUUUACUUUUAGGAAACAACUAUGUCAUUCACCGUAACAGCUGUGAGGUUGAGAUCAGCCGUGUGGCCAAUCGAGUUCUAGAUGAGCUAGUCCGACCCUUCCAAGAAAUCCAGAUUGAUGACAAUGAAUACGCUUGUUUGAAGGCAAUUGUAUUUUUUGACCCAGAUGCGAAAGGCUUAAGUGACCCUGUGAAAAUUAAGAACAUGCGGUUCCAAGUACAGAUCAGUCUGGAGGACUACAUCAACGACCGCCAGUAUGACUCCCGAGGGAGGUUUGGAGAGCUGCUGCUGCUCUUGCCCACACUGCAGAGUAUCACCUGGCAAAUGAUUGAGCAAAUACAGUUUGUGAAACUUUUCGGCAUGGUUAAAAUUGACAACCUACUUCAGGAAAUGUUACUGGGUGGUGCUUCCAAUGAUGGCAGCCAUAUCCACCAUCCAAUGCACCCACAUUUGUCUCAAGAUCCAUUAACUGGACAAACUAUACUUUUAGGCCCUAUGUCAACUCUGGUCCAUACAGACCAGAUCUCUACUCCCGAAACCCCACUUCCUUCCCCACCACAAGGCUCUGGACAAGAACCCUACAAAAUCACUGCCAAUCAAGCUUCUGUCAUUUCUCACCAGCCCCUCUCCAAGCAAAAGCCAUUGUGAGAACAUGUUUACUUCCAAACGGCACUGUGGAAAGGUGAAAAGGAAUCUUUUGGCUUGAGGGUUUAAGGAACAUAAAAAGUGCAGAAGCCUAUGGAGUUAGAAAGCCAUGUACAAACCCAGUUGUGAAUUACAUAAAUGAGAUUAUAUCUUUGGAAGAAAAAUGUGGACUUGUAAGAAGUGUGUUUUUGAAACAUAUAAUUGACUAAUGAUCAAAUACUAUCCAUCAAGUCACCUGUCACACAUAAGUGAUAAGUGUAAAAAGAAUGUAGUGUGAAUAGAAACCACUUUUGUAUAUUUGAAGUCUUCUCCCUAAAAACAUUAAACAGAAUAUACUAUAUGUAUUUUGAAGAAAAAGAAAAUCACAGUCAAAUUACCCACUUGGCAGCUUUCUGAACGAAUGUAUUUUGAAUGUCUAUCUAAUUGUAGAUCCAGGUAUUUAGCUCAUUGUAGCUCCUAAUUACUUGAUAUCCAUCAUAUAGUUUUAAAGGGUUGAUUAUGACCUGCAUCAGGAUAGAUGAACACCUCUUCUUUCUGAAGGGAAAGAUAUAUAAAAAGAAGAAAAAGUAUUUCAAGAUGUGAGAUACUGAAUUAUAUAAUUCUAGGACCUUACAAAAAUUUCUAAGAUUAUGAUUCAUCUGUGACUCUUACCUACCCUACAAGUAAAAAGAUUGUUAAUUUUAACUAUCUUAUUGGCUCCUAAAUUAAAUUAAGCACUUAAAAAGAGACAUUUCCAAGCCAUCAGUGGUUUAGUAGCAUCAAUCAUAUACUUGCUAUUGUUGUGAAAAUGGAAAGUGUAUUAUUGAGUAUGGGAUGGAGGGAGAAAGAAGAGACAGAAACAGAGAUGGACUAGGGUGAUUUCUUCACUCAAAUUUUAAAAAAAUUACCCUAGUAUUUCUUUCAUGAAUCAGUAGGGUUUUGAUUUUACAAAUAAGAAUAUCUUCUGUAAGCUUUUGUGUAUUUUUAGGUUGUUCAUAUAGAGAUAUAAAAACAAAUAAACCACAAUCCAUCCAGGGUUCUAUAACAAAAUAGCCUCAACUGGACAGCUUACAAAUAACAGGAAUUUAUUUCUCCACACUGGACAGCCCAAGGUCAAGGCAUUGGCUAAUUUGUCUCUGCUUUAUAGAGGGAUCUGCUAGCUAUGUGCUCUCAUAUAGAAGGGGAAAAGCAGUUUUAUAAGGGCACUAAUCCUGUGGCUAUACCCAUAGGACCUAGUCAGCUUCCAGUGUCUCCCUCCUACUUCCAUCCAUUGGUAGCUAGCUUUCAACAUGUAAAUGGGGAAGAUGGGGGGCAUAGACAUUGAGACCAUACCAAAUACCUUUAAAAUAUAAAACACAAUAUUUAUUUUUUGUGAAUAACUUAUCAACUAGUAUCUAUUAAGCAGCUACAUUUUAGAAAAUUUACUAACAAUUUUUGAUUGAGUAACUAUAGUCAGGGAAGUUGUAGUGUAAUAUUUUUAUACACUGAACUGCCAAGAAAACUGGACUAAUAUUUUUAAAGCAUUAUUAAGGAAAAGUUUUGCUUUUAUAUAAUACAUAAUUUUUCAGAUUUAAUAGAAAUGAAUAAUUUAUUGUGAAAUAUAAAUUUUAUAAAUGUAAAAUUAUUUUUUUAUAAAUUUUGUUGUUAAAAAUCAUAACCUAGUAGAUUUGUUGAAUGUUAAAUUAUAACAAGAUUAAAAUAUUUCUAAACUGAUACUUUGUUAUUUUGCUGAACUUUCUAAAUAAAGGA